AUGCGGGCAUGCACCGGACAUGCCCCAAAGCUUACUGAAGAAAAUCGGGUGGUCCAGGCCAGACCGUACAGUCGAAGCGCAGACUGCUCCAGUGUCCAUUUUGCAAAGGCGCUGACACGGAAGAACAUUGGCAACCUGGUCCGCGCAGUCGGUUUAAACCCAUCGAAGUCUGAUCUCCACGCCAUCAUCAAGCAGGCAGAUUCCGAUGGGAGUGGCGAUCUUGAUUUCGAGGAGUUCAUGAUCAUCGUCGCACAAGUGAUAGCCAUGACACCAACGCCAUCUCCAGAGGAGUACGAGCGAGAUAUGCGUGAGCUGUUUGAAGCCAUUGACCUCGACGGCAGCGGCUUCAUCAGCUCUCGUGAGCUGAUUGUGGCUCUCAGUACCAAGGGGCCAGAACCAAUGGAGCCCGAUGAAGUGAAGAAAGUUCUCGGGCGAAUCGAUAAAGAUGGCGACGGAAAGAUGAACUUCAGGGAGUUCUGCAAGAUCAUGGACGGCUAG